CAGAUUCAGAAUUUGAGGGAAACGUGACUAACAGUGAUUACGACGGAGAUAUUUCAGAUACGAGUGAUGCAAUAGAAGACCAAGAGGAAAUCAUCUCGGAAACCGACAUUCAACAAGACAUCGAACUACAACAGAUCUGUGCAGUGUGGCGUGAAUUCUUCGAAGCAAAGACUGAUUUAUUGGAAAACUUUGGACAGAUUGAUUAUACACUUGAUUCUGGUCGAGGUACAGAUUUUAUCCCUUUACUGUACAGCACGCUUGAAAAUGUGAAUAGAUGUCUCUCAGUGAGCAUAAAGUUGAUUAGAAAAUUGUAUGAUAGAUAUGGCGCAGAAACGACUGAAAUGCAGUUUGGAUAUGGAGAUUAAAAAAAAGAGAACCGAAAAUUCUCCAUUAUCGCAUGAUUUCUUUUAUGACGGAAACCAGAGUUUUUCAAAUGAUUCGCACACACCCAUGAACCCAUGUUUAACUGAAGCGAUCAACCGGCUGAACGAAAGUUUAAUUCCGUCACACCAAGUCAUUAGUGAGAGACCUAAUCAGAGUCCAAAUUACGUCGUAUCAAACACAACGGUGACGCCGAAUGAUAUAUUUUCUGAAUUAAAUCAAUGUCUGUUAGAGUUACAUAAUAACCUAAAUGAACACGGUCAUUCAGUACAAAUAAACCCUGAUCUAAUCGAUGCAGUCAAUCAGUUGAAUGAAAAUUUAAGAUCGUCAGAACAGAACAAUACUCAAAAUGAAAACCCCAGACGAAAUUCCAGUCAAACUGUAUCAAGUACGCCGGUCACGUCGCACGACAUAUUUUUCGAAUUAAAUCAAUGUCUGUUAGAGCUACAAAAUAACCUAAUCGAACAAAGAGAAUCUUUGCAGAUAAAUCCAUGUUUAAUAGACGUGGUGAAUCAAAUCAAUGAAAAUAUGUCAUUACCUCCCGUUCAGAAUAUCGUCUCGACUCCAGAAAACGCUCAGGAACCUAGUCCGUUAUCUUCUCAUGAUAUGAUACACGAACUUAAUCAAAGUCUUAUGAGGAUAAAUGACGGUCUUGUUAACUUAAUUGAAAACCCUGACAAUAUUGCACAAAAUUCGGAAAACGAUAAUGAACGCAACCGCCCAAUGGAAAACAUACACUCACCUAAUACCCAAGAUUCUCAAAUGGAAAACACACAUUCGCCCGAUACCCAAGAUUCUCAAUUGGAAAACUUGCCCGAUAUCCAAGUAGAGCAAGAAGGUGAUGGAUUAGAACCUAAUAUUAGAAUAAUUAAUCGGGAAAGAUUCAACAACACUGAGAUUAGGAGAAGAGUGAAUUUUUCUUCUAGCGCGAACGGUGACAGCUUUGCAGAUUUUUAUAAUUAUGUUUUAGAGAUUUUAAACAGUGCGAUUGAAAUCGCUAACAAUUUAAUUUCUGCCAAGGAUGUAGUCACCGUUGAAAUUAGAGGUGAUACGAUCAAUGUUUCAUCACGCGUUCAAUUAAACAAUGGUGUCAUCGAUUUAGGUUCUUUUCUGACCAUGCUCGAAAAUGCAAUUCAGAGUAAACGUGAAAUUUUUACCGAUAAUACCCUUGAAAUAGUCGUCCAAAUCGUCCGACCACUUCGGGGUGGUGGAAAUAGAAGGAAAAUAGGCCAUAUAUUCAAAUCAGAAACCCUGCAGAAGAAAAUGCAGCAUCUAUACAUUUUUCACAACAGAGACAACAUGUGCUUCGCCUUGUGUGUUAGCCAACUUUUGAAUCGUGAAAAAAAUGAUUUUCAAAUCGAACAAAUCGCUAGAAAAUUACAACACGAUGUGGGAUUAUCCGUAAACACCGCGGUCAGCUUCGCUGACGUACCGAGAUUUGAGAGACAUUUGAAUUGUAAAAUCGUAAUCGUAUACUGUUCUGCUAGCAAAGCCGGAUACUCUUUCUUUCAAACUAGCAAGACUCCCCACGAAAAAACCAUUUACUUGUUUUUACAUGACAACCACUAUUAUGGGGUUAAAAGUAUCACCGGACUUUUAGGAACGAGUCAUGUUUGUCAUUUCUGCCAUUCGGGGUUUGACGUUUUAUGGAAACAUAACUGCGCUUACAGCUGCAGCGUUUGUCACGACCCCGAUUGUUACAAACACCCUAAGAAAGUUACUAAAUGUCCAGAGUGUCAGAGACUGUGUAGCUCCCAAUACUGUUUCGAGAGGCACAAAGCAAAGAUUCAAUCGCACAAAGGCGAAUAUUCUAUGUGUGAAACGGGAUUCUACUGCUGUAAAUGUAAACGUGUGAUAAGGGAUAAUCCUUCUAAUCGUGAGAAUCACGUAUGUGCCCAUUCGAAAUGCAUACUCUGUGGCCAAAAACUCGAUGAGGAUAUCGAGCAUAGAUGUUUUAUACAGAGGGCCAGGAAAGAAAGCGAAAAUACGGAUUAUGUGUUUUACGAUUUCGAGACUAGGCAGGAAACAGGAACACAUGUAGCUAAUUUCAUAUGCUGUAUUGAUUUUAAGGGAGAGGAGUGGGUGGCUGAAGGGGAUGAUUGCGUCAGUGCCUUCUUUAAAAAGUUUCGGUGUAAUGCAUACCACGGAUACAAGUUUAUCGCCCAUAACGCUAGAGGGUUCGAUUCAUACCUUUUGUUAAACUAUUUAGUGAAAGAAGGAAUCACACCCGAAAUCAUAUCGCAAGGCGCCUUUGAUUUUCCUGAGCAUUUAAACCCUCGAGAUGCUCUUUACGGCGGUUGA